AUGUUAACGAUGAACAGAAAUCUACUAUUAUUCAAAUCUACCAUCUUUAAAAGAUUACUGAGUACUGCAAUGUCUUCAUAUAAAUUAGUUUGUUUGGGUAACCCAUUAUUGGAUUUACAAGCCAAUGUUGAUCAAGAAUAUUUGAAAAAAUAUGAAUUGAAAGACAAUGAUGCUAUUUUAGCUGAUGCAAAACACAUGCCAAUUUUUGAAGAAUUGAUUAAAAGAGAUGAUUUGGUUUUAGUUGCUGGUGGUGCUGCUCAAAAUACUGCUAGAGGUGCUCAAUAUAUUUUACCACCAAAAUCUGUUGUUUAUUUUGGAUCUGUUGGUAAAGAUAUUUAUGCUGAAAGAUUAAAUCAAGCUAAUGAAGAAUAUGGUUUAACUACUAAAUAUCAAGUUCAAGAAGAUAUUGCUACUGGUAAAUGUGCUGCUUUGAUUUAUGAUCAUCAUAGAUCUUUAGUUACUGAUUUAGCUGCUGCUAAUCAUUUUAAACCAGAACAUUUGAAAAAACCAGAAAAUUGGGAAAUUGUUGAACAAGCUUCUCAUUAUUAUAUUGGUGGUUUCCAUUUAACUGUUUCUCCAGAUGCUAUUAAAUUAUUAGGUAAACAUGCUAGUGAAACUAAUAAACCAUUAGCUUUGAAUUUUUCUGCUCCAUUUAUUGCUCAAUUUUUCAAACAACAAUUAGAUGAAGUUUUACCAUUUGUUGAUUAUGUUAUUGCUAAUGAAAGUGAAGCUGCUGCUUAUGCUGAAAGUCAUGAUUUGAAAACUGAUGAUGUUGUUGAAAUUGCUAAAAUUGUUGCUAAAUUACCAAAAGAAAAUAAACAAAGAUCAAGAACUGUUAUUUUCACUCAAGGUUUAGAACCAACUGUUACUGUUACUUAUGAUUCUGAUAAAGAUUCUUUUGAAGUUAAUCAAUAUCCAGUUAAAGAAUUAGCUAAAGAAAAAGUCGUUGAUACUAAUGGUGCUGGUGAUGCUUUUGCUGCUGGUUUCAUUGCUUCUUUGGUUGAAGGUAAAUCUUUACCUGAUUCAGUUGAUGUUGGUCAAUGGGCUGCUGCUUUGUCUAUUCAACAAGUUGGUCCAACUUUCCCAUUCCCAAAACAAACUUACACUAAGUAG